GCGGCGGCACAGGCGAGCCCAAGGGGAGGGUCGGCGGCGCCUCCAGUCCCCGCAGCCAACCGCGCGCAGCGCAGCUCGGGAGCGGGACGCGGCGCUCGAAGCCCCGGCAGCGCCCGCCCUCUCUUCCGUGUUGCCUGCCCGCGCGCCAGCGCCCGCUCCGCCCGUGACUUCACUUCGGCUCCACCCCCGCGUGGCGGCGGCUCGCUCCGUCCGAGCCCGCGCUCGGCACCAGCCCAGCCCGGGCAAGCGGCCGCCACCUGCCCCGAACCGCCUCUGCCCGCCCCCACCGCGGCCCAACUUGGAUGGAGUUGGGGUCCUGAGCUCCUGCUCCUCGUAACCGGCCAGCGGAGAGCCCCGCGCCGCCACCUCCGGUCCGGGACCCCCUCUCAGCUCCUCUCCGCUCCCGCAAUGGGAAAAGUUGGCGCCGGCGGCGGCUCCCCAGCCGGGCUGAGCGCGCUCCUCGCCGGCGCGGGGCUCUUAGUCCUCUGCGCCCCGGGCGCCUGCGGCGGCGGCUCCUGCGGUCCCCCGCUGCACCCCAGCUCGGCCCCACGCUGGGCUCCGACCCGAGGAGGGCUUACUCACCUGCGGCCGCGAGGCAGGGCUCCUGCCACGCCCCUGCUCGGACGCCCCCUGUUUGCAGUGGCCGCCGGAGACCGAGCGCUGUCCCUGGAGCGGGCCCCGGGCACUGGGGCGUCGGUGGCGAUUGCUCCACGCUCUGACCGGAGGAGACGGAGUGGAGAGGAUCAAGAGAAGGCAGAACGGGGAGAGGGCACGAGAAGACGCCCCCGGGGAGUGCUAAGGGACAGAGGGCAGCAGGAGCCUGGGACUCUGGAGCGGGACCCGGACAAAGCCACUCGCUUCCGGCUGGAGGAGCUGAAACUGACCAGCACUACGUUCCCGCUGACAGGAGACUCAGCACACAACCAAGCCAUGGUCCACUGGUCUGGCCACAACAGCAGCGUGAUUCUCAUUUUGACAAAGCUCUAUGACUAUAACCUGGGGAGCAUCACGGAGAGCUCGCUUUGGAGGUCAACCGAUUAUGGGACAACCUAUGAGAAGCUGAAUGAUAAAGUUGGGUUGAAAACAAUUUUAAGCUAUCUCUACGUGUGUCCUACCAACAAGCGUAAGAUUAUGUUGCUCACAGACCCGGAGAUUGAGAGCAGCUUACUGAUCAGCUCGGACGAAGGGGCAACCUAUCAAAAGUACCGGCUGAACUUUUACAUCCAGAGCUUACUUUUCCACCCCAAGCAAGAGGACUGGAUUCUGGCUUACAGCCAAGACCAAAAGUUAUACAGCUCUGCUGAAUUUGGGAGAAGGUGGCAGCUUAUCCAGGAAGGGGUCAUACCGAACAGGUUCUACUGGUCUGUGAUGGGGUCGAACAAGGAACCAGAUCUUGUGCAUCUCGAGGCCAGAACUGUGGAUGGUCAUUCACAAUACCUGACCUGCGGAAUGCAGAACUGCACAGAGGCCAGCAGAAACAAACCUUUCCCAGGCUACAUUGACCCAGACUCUUUGAUUGUCCAGGAUGAUUAUGUGUUUGUUCAGCUGACAUCAGGAGGACGGCCACACUACUACGUUUCCUACCGAAGGAAUCCGUUUGCCCAAAUGAAGCUGCCCAAAUAUGCUUUGCCCAAGGACAUGCAUGUCAUCAGCACUGAUGAGAACCAAGUGUUCGCAGCGGUCCAAGAAUGGAACCAAAACGACACAUACAACCUCUACAUCUCAGACACCCGUGGUGUCUACUUCACUCUGGCCUUGGAGAAUGUCCAGAGCAGCAGAGGCCCUGAGGGCAACGUCAUGAUCGACCUCUAUGAGGUAGCAGGGAUAAAGGGAAUGUUCUUGGCUAACAAGAAGAUUGACAACCAAGUGAAGACUUUCAUCACGUACAACAAAGGCAGAGACUGGCAUUUGCUGCAGGCCCCGGACACGGACCUAAGGGGGGACCCUGUGCACUGCUUGCUGCCCUAUUGCUCACUACACCUUCACCUUAAGGUCUCUGAGAAUCCCUACACAUCAGGGAUCAUUGCCAGCCGAGACACAGCUCCCAGCAUCAUAGUGGCUUCAGGUAACAUAGGUUCUGAGCUGUCAGACAGCGACAUCAGCAUGUUUGUCUCUUCAGAUGCAGGGAACACUUGGAGGCAGAUCUUUGAAGAAGAGCACAGUGUUUUGUAUCUAGAUCAAGGUGGAGUCCUGGUUGCUAUGAAGCAUACGUCUCUCCCGAUUCGACAUCUCUGGUUAAGUUUUGAUGAAGGGAGAUCUUGGAGCAAAUACAGUUUCACAUCUAUUCCACUUUUUGUGGAUGGAGUUCUGGGUGAGCCUGGGGAAGAGACUCUAAUCAUGACAGUGUUUGGACACUUCAGCCACCGCUCUGAAUGGCAGCUGGUCAAAGUGGACUACAAGUCCAUUUUCGAUAGACGCUGUGCUGAGGAAGACUACAGACCCUGGCAGCUGCACAGCCAGGGGGAAGCAUGCAUCAUGGGAGCGAAAAGGAUAUAUAAGAAGAGAAAAUCAGAGCGGAAAUGUAUGCAAGGGAAAUAUGCAGGAGCUAUGGAGUCUGAACCCUGUGUCUGCACAGAGGCUGAUUUUGACUGUGACUAUGGUUAUGAGCGACACAGCAAUGGUCAGUGCCUGCCAGCCUUUUGGUUCAAUCCAUCUUCUCUGUCGAAGGACUGCAGCUUGGGACAGAGUUACCUCAACAGUACUGGGUAUAGAAAGGUGGUUUCCAAUAACUGCACUGAUGGGGUGAGAGAACAGUACACGGCCAAACCACAGAAGUGCCCAGGGAAGGCCCCGCGGGGGCUCCGGAUCGUCACUGCUGAUGGAAAGCUGACAGCGGAACAAGGGCACAAUGUUACUCUCGUGGUGCAGCUGGAAGAGGGUGACGUCCAGAGGACAUUCAUCCAAGUGGACUUCGGGGAUGGCAUCGCAGUGUCUUAUGUCAACCUCAGCUCCAUGGAGGAUGGGAUCAAACACGUCUAUCACAAUGUGGGCAUUUUCCGAGUGACCGUGCAGGUGGACAACAGUCUGGGGUCUGACAGCGCCGUCCUGUACUUACAUGUAACUUGUCCCCUGGAGCAUGUACACCUGUCUCUUCCCUUCGUCACCACGAAGAACAAAGAGGUCAACGCGACUGCUGUGUUGUGGCCCAGCCAAGUGGGCACGCUCACUUACGUGUGGUGGUACGGAAAUAACACCGAGCCCCUGAUCACCUUGGAGGGAAGCAUAUCAUUCAAGUUUACUUCCGAAGGGAUGAACACCAUCACAGUGCAAGUCUCAGCUGGGAAUGCCAUCCUGCAGGACACGAAGACCAUCGCGGUGUACGAGGAAUUCCGAUCUCUUCGCCUGGCCUUUUCUCCAAACCUGGACGACUACAACCCGGACAUCCCUGAGUGGAGGAGAGACAUCAGCCGAGUCAUCAAAAAGUCCCUGGUGGAGGCCACCGCGGUUCCGGGCCAGCACAUCUUGGUGGCGGUGCUCCCUGGCUUACCCACCGCUGCUGAGCUCUUUGUCUUGCCGUAUCAGGAUCCCACAGGAGAAAACAAAAGGUCAGCCGAGGACCUGGAGCAGAUAUCACAACUGCUGAUUCACAAGCUCAACCUGAACUCCGUGCACUUUGAGCUGAAGCCUGGAGUCCAAGUCCUUGUCCACGCGGCUCACUUAACAGCAGCCCCGCUGGUGGACCUCACUCCAACCCAUAGUGGCUCCGCCAUGCUGAUGCUGCUGUCCGUGGUGUUUGUGGGGCUGGCGGUGUUCGUCAUCUACAAGUUCAAAAGGAAGUAUUUCCAUAGUUGCUGGGAAUCAAAGCACAAAAGAAACCCCUACCUAUGUAAAUGUUUGACUGGAGGACGCCAGUAAAAACAAAAGCAAACAAAUAAAAUAAAAACAAUCAAAAUCUAAACAAACAGACAAACAAACACUCACUGCAUCGGGACUUUUUAAUCCUUCAGACACAGACAACAAGGGUUUUUAGCUUUAAGCCUGUGCAUGCGGACAGUACCUUGAGAACAUGCUUGGAGGGGCAGUGUACAGGUGCUCUAUUUUAAUGGAAAAAACACUCCCCUCCCCCUUUCUUCUCCUCUCUCUUUUUUCUGAUUGGUUGUGUUUGUAGAAAAUUCCUAACAUAUAUAGGCCAAGGAAAUCUGCAUGUAUUUUUGGAAAUAUUCUUGGCUCUAGACUUAACAGCUAUUUUAGCACUACAGGCUGAUGGGUGGAUUAGCUACCCCAGCCCUUUUCACAAGACACAAAGACAUGCACAGGAGUUUGAAACCCUGGGCUGUUUCUCUGUUCCACUUUACUUGUUGCCAUUUUUCCCUUCUAACUUAUCUUUGGGAGCUCUGUUGGCCGGCAGGGGCCACAGGUUGCCUUCUCCGUUCUGUACGGCCACAGGGACGAAGAAGCAAGUUCAAGUUCCAUGGAUGCAGGCAGAAUAGGGAAAGAAGGAAGGCAGUCCGGCAGGAGUGUCAAAAGUGGACCUGUGUUUCCUGUUCCCCGCUUCCCAUCACGAUAGCUUCCCCUUGUAGCUUUCCCUACUCCUGCCCUGUGUAGAAAACAGAAUCCCAGUUACCCGCAUUCUUACCUUCCCAUUUGUUUGCUCUCCACGUGUGGUCGUGAUCUGUCAAUGUCUUUGUGUCUCUUCCUUCCAGUCCCCAAGUUAUCCUUCAACUGCUCCUGCCUUUUCUUCCCAAACAUGUUGCUAGAUUCUGGGCAUUCAUCCUGAUGUUCUUUAAAUACUGCCCUCGCCUCUGGCAACCCUGCCUCCACCACCCAAAGCUAAUGAUCUCUCUGUCAACUUUGCACACGCCCAUGCAUGCAGCCUCCAUACACACUGACCAAGCAGCAUCCUGCCCUGCAGGGUUUACCUUCAUGUAUUAUUAUUAUUUUUUUGUAUCCUCCUGUAGACCUGCCUCUUCCAAAUAUCCUUGCCUUUCCCCCCGGAAACAUAUAAUGUGUGUGAAAGAGUUGAGAUAUGCAAAGCAAUUCAAACCUGGCCCAUGUACCUUAGAAAAGAAAGCAUACAGAUGAAUAGUGGUUUUGUCACACAUUAACAAAAGUCUCCUGCAGUCAGAUUCCAGAAGAUUCUUGUGAGAAAUGUUUUGAACGUGUUACUAUGUGGCAGGGCAAUUUCCUCCUGUGAGGGUCGCCAUUACCCAGUAUUUCCCCUCUCACAGUGGAGUGAAAGUAUUUGUAAAAUGAAACCGAUGUUAAGCAGAAGAAGAAGCAGGUUAAUGGAUCUGAUGUUUGAGUGUCAAAAAGUCUUGAGAUUAUACGGAGGUCUUGUCUUAUAUUAGGAUGGGAUUGUGAUUAUUGUAAGAUGACCCUAGACUUCUUACAUGUGUGCUCUCUGAUCUCUGAACAUAGUAUCAGCAAAGGAAAAUUUAAUAAGCAUAAAGGGGAGGAGUUAUCAGACUCAAGCGGAUGGGCUCAAAGCAUGAAGAAAUCCCAGUUCUCCCAGGGCCAUCAUGAAAGAAGGUUCAGAGAAAGAGGGAAACAAAAGUAUGUGAAGCAGGAGCCCUUGGAGCAUUAUGGAUUGGAUAAAGCCCACUCUAAAAUGUAGGAGAAAGUGGUUUCAAAAGACCUCUCAGAGUGUAGCCUCCUACUUGGCCAUGUCCCCAGGCCAGCGUCAGGGUAUAACAGGGCCCUGGGGACAAUGGGGGUGCCCUAAAGAUCCUGACAACCACUGCCCUUGUGUAGCUCAAGUAGGGGAAGAGUAGCGACACUUCAGUCAGAAGUUAAUCAAGCAGAAGAUUUUAUGGCUGAAGAUGCUCCGUAUGAAUGUGGGAAACGGAUUAUGCCUAAGGCAGCCGUCUAUUUGUAGAACUCAAAUGAUCCCUGACCUGCCAGGCUUCCUAUCCCAUGGGAAACAUCCUCAUCGAAUCUCUUCAGUUGGAGCCUCCCAAAUUUUAUCUGGAAAACAGAGUGUUUGGAAACCAAAAGAGGCUCAUUCACAACAGUACAGGGAGUCCUCAGAGUUGCAGUUCAAUAAUUUUCAUUGUUAAACUAUGAAAAAGGGAAUAACACUCAAUCUAGCACAGUGCCUUGCCUAGAGUAGGUAUUAAGAAAGUUAUUUGUUGAAAGAAGAAAUGAAUGAAUACAUGAGAAGACAUAACGAAGAAGGGCUUGUAAGUCCUAACCUAAAAUAGAGGUGGACAUGAGAUGCCUGGCGUUUUGGAAAGUGAUCAGAGAUGGCUGGUUCUAGAUUCAGCAUCUCCAGGGUCCUCAUGUGCCUCUCCUCAGAGCUCCCUCCCACCUGUAGGAGACUAGUGAGGCAAAGUACUGCUCAGAGGGGACCUUAUUAUUCUUAUGAUCUAGCUCCAUGUUUCUCAAGGCGUGGUACCCAGACCAGCAGUAUCAGCAUCACCUCGGACUUGUUAGAAACACAGAUUUUGGGUCCCACUGACCCCAGACCUACUGAAUUAGAAACUCCAGGGUUGGGGCCCAGCAAUCUGUUUUUACAAGCUCUUCGGGUGAUUGUGAAAUACACUAAAGUUGGAGAACCACUGUACUAGGCCAUGCCAGCUCAAUCCCGAAGAGAAGGUAGUAAUGAGAAGCUGCCAAUGGGAGGGACCCAAGUGCCUACCUACUCAACAACAGCAGGUGCAGACACAAUGAGGAGUUUGGUAGGCUUGAGGCCAGAGGAAUGGGUGGGGAGGGAUGGAUGGGGAAGGUAAGAUUCAGGGCAAGCUACAAAUCUGAUAUUGCAAUGUUUUCCAAAAUCCCGGAAGGCAAACUGUGCGUGCUCUACCCUGAACUACCCAACCAACAUUUUCUCCUUUGCCUUAUUUUUAAUUGGAUUCACUGUCCAAAAUGCAGAGGUUUGCUUUGCUUUUUUUCAGAAGUUCCAAACAGCAACUUUGAGAGGAAUGGGGUGCUUGGCAGCUGUUCUGUGUUUUCCAGGAUUCCAACUGAGCAUUGAAAUUCCCUCAUUUGCCAACUUAUUUUUAUAGGA